AUGCUAAGAACAACAUUUGCGGCAAGACGCCUCCAGUUCGCCAGAUUCCAGUCCACUGUCACGCAGCUCAAGACGUUGCCAGAGUUCCAAAAAGCCAUCGCUACCAAGCAGCUCAGCGUAGUCGACUUUUACGCCACGUGGUGUGGCCCCUGUAAGGCAAUAUCCCCGCACGUUGAGAAGCUCAGCACCAAGUACCAGGACGUUUCGUUCUACAAGGUGGACGUUGACGAAUCGCCAGACAUCGCAGGGUUCUGCGGCGUGAGUGCGAUGCCCACUUUUCUGUUCACCAAGAACGGCCAAGCUAUAGGCAAAGUGGUGGGCGCUGAUCCCCGCGGCCUGAACCAGGGUAUUGAGGACCUCAAGGAUUAA